AUGGCGGCCGCCGGGACCGAGCAGCAGCAGGGCUUCGUCGUCGGCGGCGGCUUCGUCCACGUUGCCGACGUCUACUCCGUCGCGCCCGAGAAGCUCGCCGAGCGGUACGCGCCCGCGCUGGGCGCUGGCGGGAUCUGCUGGUACUUCGUCUGCCCCGCGCGCUGCCGCUACCGGGCAGCCAAGGCCGGCGCGCUAGGCGAGGGGUGCUGGACGACCUCGGAGCCCGGCGGCGCGGCCUGGCCCGUCAGGGGGCCGGACGGCCGCCGCGUUGGGCAGUCGCGCGCGCUGUCCUACGGGGCCUGCAGGACGGCGGCGCCGCGGGCCGCGGUCACCAGGCACGGCUGGUGCAUGGUGGAGCUCGCGCUCGACGACGACCAAGACGGCGGCGGCGGCGGGGGCGGAGGGGGAGAUUUCGUCCUGUGCAAGAUGUUCAGAUCGCCUCGCAACGAGGCGUCGUCGUCGUCCGCGGCCGUGCCGGCUCUCGUGUCCAGCUGCAAGAGGAAGGCGGCUGGCGACAGCCACCCGGAGGCUCCACCCUGCGUGCGCCAGCAACUCAUGCAGGCAGGGCUGUUCGACAUUAACAGCUAG